CUGACUCGCGCGUCACUCGCGCCUCACUCAUCUCCAACCCACCAUAGAAAAUUCAAAAUCAAAGCCUCAUCAUUCCACACAAACCACCAACACCUUCACACCCCUAAUAACGACAGCUCUCUCUCUCUCUCCCUCCCUCUCUCUCUCAAUAUAUACACAAACAAUUACACACACAUAGUACACACAGUGAGUGAGAUAGCCGCAAGUCGCUAGUUGUCACAGACAUGGAGCGAACAACCAGAAGAAGAGAAGAAACUGACGCCGCCGAUAACGGCGCCUUUGCCGGAGAGGCCUUCUCAAUCGAGACAGAGCACAACAAGACGAACAGUAGUGGAGGAGAGGAAGAAGAGUUCAAAUCGGUGGAGAGGAUCUUCGAGUCGAAGGAGGUACCGCCAUGGCAGAGUCAAUUGACAUUGAGGGCUUUCUUCGUGAGCUUUGUGUUGUCGAUAAUGUUCACCUUCAUAGUGAUGAAGCUGAAUCUGACCACCGGUUUAAUUCCUUCUCUCAACGUCUCGGCUGGUCUGUUGGGGUUCUUCUUCAUCAAGACCUGGACCAAGUUCCUUUCCAAAUCGGGCCUGUUGAAGCAGCCAUUCACCAGGCAAGAGAACACCGUCAUUCAGACCUGCGUCGUCGCCUCCUCCGGCAUCGCCUUCAGCGGAGGUUUUGGUAGUUACCUUUUUGGCAUGAGUGAAGUUAUUGCCAAACAGUCAACUGAAGCUAACAAUGCACAGAAUAUUAAAAACCCGUCUUUGGUAUGGAUGAUUGGAUUUCUUUUAGUUGUCAGCUUUCUUGGACUCUUUUCCGUGGUACCUCUUCGAAAGGUAAUGAUCAUAGACUUCAAACUAAUUUAUCCAAGCGGCACUGCAACUGCUCACCUUAUCAACAGCUUCCACACUCCUAAAGGAGCCAAGCUAGCAAAGAAACAAGUCAGAGCUCUGGGCAAAUUCUUCUCAUUCAGUUUCUUGUGGGGUUUCUUCCAGUGGUUCUUCACUGCAGGGGAUGAUUGUGGAUUUGUGAGCUUUCCCACAUUUGGUCUCAAAGCCUAUAAAAACAAGUUUUUCUUUGAUUUCUCAGCAACUUAUGUUGGUGUUGGGAUGAUCUGUCCAUAUCUGGUCAACAUAUCAUUGCUACUUGGAGGAAUUCUCUCAUGGGGGAUAAUGUGGCCUCUCAUACAGGACAGGAAGGGCCAGUGGUACCCUGCAGACACAAAGCCAAGUAGCCUCCAUGGCCUGCAAGGUUACAGGAUAUUCAUUGGCAUAGCCAUGAUCCUUGGCGAUGGCCUCUACAACUUUUUGAAAGUCUUUGGUCGCACUCUCUUCGGUUUGUAUCAUCAAAUACGGAAUAAAGAUUUAGACACCGUCCUCCCAGUCGAUGGUCGCUCUCCUCCUCUGAAUUCUUUAUCUUAUGAUGACCAGCGUCGUACACAACUCUUUCUCAAGGACCAAAUUCCAACAUGGUUUGCAAUUGUUGGCUAUAUCACUAUUGCCAUUAUCUCUGCUGCAACAAUUCCACACAUCUUCCAUCAACUCAAAUGGUACUAUAUUGUGGUUAUUUACAUCUUUGCGCCCACACUAGGCUUUUGCAAUGCUUAUGGAUGUGGGCUCACCGAUUGGUCCUUAGCAUCCACCUAUGGAAAGCUGGCAAUCUUCAUAAUCGGAGCAUGGGCAGGAGCCUCUCAUGGUGGAGUCCUUGCAGGUUUAGCAGCUUGUGGGGUCAUGAUGAACAUAGUCAGCACUGCAUCUGACCUUAUGCAGGAUUUCAAGACAGGCUAUCUGACCCUGGCUUCUCCCCGCUCUAUGUUUGUGAGCCAAGUUAUUGGGACUGCAAUGGGUUGUGUUAUUUCCCCUUGUGUCUUCUGGCUCUUCUACAAGGCAUUCCAUGAUCUCGGGAUCCCUGAUUCACAAUACCCUGCCCCUUAUGCUAGUAUAUACCGGAACAUUUCAAUCUUGGGGGUUGAAGGGUUUUCAGCUCUGCCAGAACACUGCCUUACGCUUUGCUAUGUGUUCUUUAUUGCAGCAGCUGUUGUCAAUGCGAUCAGAGAUGUUGUGGGGAAGGAGAGGGCAAAAUUUAUUCCUCUUCCCAUGGCAAUGGCAAUACCAUUCUAUAUUGGAUCAUACUUUACUAUUGAUAUGUGUGUUGGGAGCUUGAUACUUUUUGUUUGGCAGAAGAUAAACAAAGCCAAGGCUGAUGCUUUUGCACCCGCUGUGGCUUCUGGGUUGAUCUGUGGUGAUGGGGUAUGGACUCUGCCCAGUUCGAUUCUUGCUUUGGCAGGUGUGAAUCCACCCAUCUGCAUGAAGUUUCUGUCAAGGGGAACAAAUGCGAGGGUUGAUACUUUCUUAAGUUCUUAAAUCUUGAAUUCGGUUCAGCAAGUAUAGAUACGUAUGUUUCAGGUUUUCUCCACUCUCUUUGUUUUCAUCUCCUUCUUCCCUUCUGUUUCUCUAAAAGAAUCUGUCUUGAGUCUCGUUGUAUCCAUGUAAAUGUAAAAAUUAUCCAUGUAUUUGUCUAUGCUAUAAAACACAGUUAAGAUAUAUGUGAAAAGUAUUAACAAUGAGAUCCAAAUUUCAGCUUA